UUCAGUUGCAGCUGAAGCUGUUAAAAGCCGUGGAUCAGCAAACUGUUACUUUUAAGCCUGCAGAUAACAGUUGCACGUCUACUGUACAAAAUAACGUUAAAGGUGCACGUGCCCGUCGUCGUCGACGUCGUCGUAAUAAAAAGCAACAAAAUUCAGACCAACCUGACGCUUUCGAAGACUCAAGUGAGCAGCUAACAUCUGGCCAUCCCGCAAGGAGUCCUAUAAUAGCAGCAGGAGCAACAACAACAGAGGGAAACAAAAUGCCAGCCCGAUUUGUCGAAGAAGUGAUUACCGCAGGCCCCCAAAUGGACCUGGGAGGCGGUGAUGGUGGUGGCUUUAUUAGAGAUCGUCCGCACGUGCUCAAAGAGGAAAUUGCCAUAACUGGGUUCUCUGGCCGCUUGCCGGAGAGCUCAAACAUUGAGGAGUUUAAAAAGAACCUCUUUGAAGGCGUUGACAUGGUCACUGAUGAUCCAAGACGCUGGGAGCGGGGUCUAUAUGGAUUACCUGACAGAAUGGGCAAGAUUAAGCAGGCCGAUCUGGAGAACUUUGAUCAACAAUUUUUUGGUGUGCACCAGAAGCAGGCCGAGUGCAUGGAUCCCUUGCUACGCAUAAUGCUUGAGCUGACCCACGAGUCGAUAAUAGAUGCAGGCCUAAAUCCAACAGAUCUUCGCGGAUCUCGUACCGGAGUUUACAUUGGUGUCUCCACAUCCGAAACUGAGCAGCAUUGGUGCUGUGAUCCGGAUCGUGUGAAUGGUUAUGGACUUACGGGCUGUGCUCGUGCCAUGUUUGCCAAUCGAAUCUCGUUUACAUUUGACUUCAAGGGCCCUAGCUAUAGCAUUGACACCGCUUGCUCCAGCUCACUUUACGCUCUGGAGCAGGCCUUCUCAGACAUGCGUGAGGGCAAGAUCGACAACGCAAUUGUUGCCGGCGCCGGCCUCAUCCUCAAACCCACCAUGUCUCUUCAGUUUAAGCGAUUAAACAUGUUGAGUCCCGAUGGUAGCUGUAAAGCCUUCGACGAGUCAGGCAACGGCUAUGUGCGCUCCGACGGUUGUGUCGUGCUCUUGUUGCAGCGUGCAUCGGCCGCUAAGCGUGUUUAUGCCUCCAUAAUGAACGUGCGCACCAAUACCGAUGGCUACAAAGAGCAGGGCAUUACUUAUCCCAUUGGUAGCAUGCAGAACCGUCUUAUACGCGAGACAUAUGAGGAGAUCGGUCUUAAUCCCAAUGAUGUGGUAUACGUGGAGGCGCAUGGCACUGGUACGAAGGUUGGUGAUCCACAGGAAGUCAACUCUAUUACGGACUUUUUCUGCAAGAACCGCACGACGCCACUCUUGAUCGGCUCCGUUAAGUCCAAUAUGGGACACUCGGAGCCCGCAUCAGGCGUCUGUUCAGUAGCUAAGUUACUGAUCGCAAUGGAGGCGGGAAUGAUUCCAUCCAAUCUGCAUUACAAUAAACCAAAUCCAGAUCUCUAUGGCCUCGUCGAUGGCCGCCUCAAGGUUGUCGACAAGAACCUGAAAUGGAAUGGCGGUAUCAUUGGCCUUAACUCUUUUGGGUUUGGUGGAGCUAAUGCACACGUCAUACUGAAAUCAAAUCCAAAGCCUAAGUCUAUAACACCACGCGACGGCGCUCCCAAAGUUGUGCUUGCUUCUGGCCGUACCUUCGAAGCGGUGGAGCAGCUGCUCCAGUCAGCUAGUGAAAAUGCUGACGAUGAUGAGUACCUUCAGCUGAUCAACGACAUUCAUUCCCAGCCCAUACCUCUGCAUUAUUUCCGUGGCUACACCGUGGUCAGCUCUAAGGGAUCUCUGCAGCGUGAGGUAAUCGAGUUUAGUGAUGAAAAGCGUCCUGUGUGGUUCAUUUACUCCGGCAUGGGCAGUCAAUGGGCCAGUAUGGCCAAGGAUCUAAUGCAGAUCGACGCAUUUGCCAAGAGCAUCCACCGCUGCGCAGAUGCGUUAAAGCCAGAGGGUGUUGAUCUUAUUGACGUUCUCACACGUUCCACGGACAAGAGCUUCGAGAACAUUCUAAACUCAUUCAUUUCAAUCGCAGCCAUGCAGGUGGCCCUUACCGACCUACUUACCGCGUUGAACAUUCAGCCUAAUGGCAUCAUUGGGCACUCUGUGGGUGAGCUCGGAUGCGCCUACGCUGAUGGAUGCUUCACGCCGGAACAAACCGUGCUGGCUGCUUACUGGCGUGGCAAGAGUAUUCUGGAUACGCAACUGACCAAGGGCAAGAUGGCCGCAGUCGGUCUUAGCUGGGAAGAUGCUCAUAAGCUAAUGCCCAGCGACUGUUUCCCAGUGUGCCACAAUAGUGAGGACAACUGUACCAUCUCCGGACCGGAUGCCUCAAUUGAAUCGCUGGUGGCCAAGCUUAAUGCGCAGCAGGUAUUCGCCAAGGCGGUUAAUAGCAGCGGUUACGCCUUUCACAGUAAGUACAUAGCCGACGCGGGUCCGAAGCUGCGCAAAAGCCUCGAGAAGAUCAUCCCGAGUGCCAAGAACCGCUCACCACGCUGGAUAAGCACAAGCAUACCGGAGUCAGCAUGGGGUACUACGAUUGCCACUCAGUCCUCAGCUGCCUAUCAUGUGAAUAAUCUGCUCUCGCCUGUACUCUUCCACGAGGCUCUGCAACAUGUGCCGAAGAAUGCCAUCGCCAUCGAGAUUGCGCCGCAUGGGCUACUCCAAGCCAUUCUAAAGCGUGCCCUUGGCUCUGAGGCCACCAACUUGAGCCUGGUGAAACGCGGCUACGACAACAAUGUGGAGUUCUUGCUCAGCAACGUGGGCAAGCUUUUUGCGGCUGGUGCUCAGCCACAGGUGCUCAACCUUGUGCGUCCCAUUACGUAUCCUGUGGGAAGAGGUACGCCAAUGUUAAAUUCGAUAAUUGGCUGGGAUCACAGUCAAAAAUGGCUGGUAGCUAAAUUUGGCAAGGAGACUUCCUCGGGUGAAACUAUCGUUGAGGUUGAUCUGUCCAAGGAGGAUGACGCUUUUCUGGAGGGUCACACCAUUGACGGCCGCAUCCUGUUUCCGGCCACCGGGUACAUGACUCUUGCCUGGAUGACUUUCGCCAAGAUGCGCGGAGGAGAGUUCCACAAGACUCCCGUUAUUAUGGAGGACUUAGUAUUUCACCGCGCCACUAUACUCAACAAGACCGCCGUUGUGAAGUUCGGCAUCAACUUCUUUGACGGCACCGGUAAAUUCGAGAUCUGCGAAAGCGGCAGCCUCGCAGUCUCCGGCAAAAUCACAAUCCCCGAGAAUAUAGACAACGAAGAGCUGCUCCUGGAUCCACCAAUCGAAAGCACCGUUGCCCAGCAGCUAGCAACCAGCGAUGUAUACAAGGAGCUGCGUCUGCGUGGUUACGACUACGGUGGUAUCUUCCGUGGCAUUUUGAGCUCUGACACAGUCGCCUCUGCAGGCAAUCUGAAGUGGGAGGACAACUGGAUUAGCUUCAUGGACACCAUGCUCCAGUUCAGCAUUCUCAGUAAAAACUUGCGCGAGCUCUAUCUACCAACGCGCAUCGAGCGUGCAGUCAUCAAUCCUCUUAAGCAGAUGCAAUUAAUCAGUACUACGCAAUCGGUAACUCACGUCGGCCUGCCUGUCUAUUGGUACGAAAAUAUCAACGUUGUCAAAAGUGGCGGGGUGGAGAUUCGCGGCUUAAAAGCAUCAUUGGCCCAGCGCCGCCCUGGCACCCAGAGUCCACCCACACUAGAGCGCUACACCUUUGUACCGAACAUGAACACCAGCGAGUUAUGCGAAAACACUGAGAAGGCGCGUCUUCAUGCGCUUGACGUAGCUAUUCAGAUAAUCGCUGAGAAUUCCAGCGGCGCCUUGAAACUUAAGUGCGUCGAGUUAGCCAACGGACGAAAUCCGGAUGUGCUGAUGGCGAACUACCUGCUACAAUCAAUUGAGGGCGAGCCGUUGCUCUCAGCCGACGUGGCUGUAGCCACUUCCAAUGGUAACGAAGAGCUCAUCAUGAGCACUCUUGGAACUGGUGUGCGCAUGAUCUCCAAGGAUGUGCUCAAGGAGCCUGUCGAGCAGAACUGUAACUUUAUCUUCGGCAUCGAUGUGCUGGCACGCCCGGACACAAAGACACUAGAGCAUUGCAUUGCAAGCAUUCGAGAGACGGGCUUUCUGCUUUUCGAGGAGACACUGGCCACGUAUACGAAAAGUGGACGCGUUCAGUUGGAAAAAGUUGGCUUUAGCGUAGUCCAGGAGCAGAUGCUGGGCGCCACACGGAUUUUGGUGCUCGCCAGACGCAAAGUAGAGCUCAAAACACGCAAGUACGUGGUCGUGCCCGUCACGGAGCAGAGCUUUGACUGGGUAGAGCACCUGAAGAGCGCCAUGGCCAAUGCUAUAGUGGAAGAGCAAUAUGUGUAUGUGGUCUGCCAGAAUGAGGAGCUCUUCGGUGGCCUAGGACUAAUGACUUGCCUCAGAAAAGAAAACGGUGGUAAAAUGGUGCGCCUUGUAUUCGUUCAAGAUACAGGGGCCGAAAAAUUCUCGCUCAGCUCGUCCCUAUACAUCAAGCAAAUGGAGAAGGAUCUCAUUUCGAAUGUUCUAAAGAACGGCAGCUGGGGCACCUUCCGCCAUAUAAAGCUAGAUACCCAAGAGGCCACGCUCCAGGUGGAGCACGCCUACGUGAACGCUUUGGUUAAAGGUGAUCUAGCAUCUCUAAAGUGGAUCGAAGGGCCCAAGGCCGAUAGCACAACCAGUAAAAAGGAUCUGGAAGCUUGCACUGUCUAUUAUGCUCCCGUCAAUUUUCGUGAUGUAAUGUUGUCGUCCGGUAAACUUGCUGCCGAUGCUCUACCUGGUGAUUUGGCCGAGCAGGACUGCGUGCUAGGUCUAGAGUUUGCUGGUCGCGAUUCUGUAGGUCAGCGCGUCAUGGCUAUGGUCUCGGCAAAAUCCCUAGCCACAACAUGCAUUGCCAGCAAGCGCAUGAUGUGGCAAAUCCCUGACAAGUGGAGCAUGGAGGAAGCUUCAACGGUCCCCUGUGUCUACUCUACAGUCUACUAUGCUCUGGUCGUGCGUGGCCAAAUGAAGAAGGGCGAGCGCAUCCUUAUUCACGCCGGCUCUGGCGGUGUUGGUCAGGCUGCUAUCUCAGUGGCUCUGCACCACGGUCUGACGGUCUUUACAACCGUUGGUAGCAAGGAAAAGCGGGAGUUCCUGCUGAAGCGCUUCCCCAUGCUGCAGGCGCGCAAUAUUGGCAACUCACGUAAUACUUCCUUCGAACAGCUAGUCAUGAUCGAGACUAACGGACAGGGCGUUGACCUCGUGCUUAACUCAUUAUCGGAGGAAAAGUUACAGGCUUCGAUUCGUUGUUUGGGCCUUAAUGGGCGCUUCUUAGAGAUUGGCAAAUUUGACCUGAGCAACAACAGUCCGUUGGGCAUGUCUCGAUCGCGCUAUAAUCAUUUGUCCCUACGAAUCGCGCCGUUCGAGAGGCAUAAAAACGGCUACCAGGGACUCAUGAUCCGUCGCUGGAUCAGUGUACCAAACCUAGCACAGUACUUGGACCAAUACUCGCGCACUAUAUGCACUGAGUUGGAUUACUUUAUUUGUUUCUCCAGCGUGUCAUGCGGCCGUGGCAAUAUGGGACAGUCUAACUAUGGACUGGCCAACUCGGCCAUGGAGCGAAUCUGCGAGCAGCGUCAGAUGAGCGGCUUCCCGGGCACAUCGAUACAGUGGGGCGCUAUUGGUGACACAGGCCUCGUGCUAGAUAAUCUCGGCAAUAAUGAUACCGUAAUUGGGGGCACUCUACCACAGCGUAUGCCUUCCUGUCUACUGACCAUUGAUAUCUUCCUGCAGCAGCCACAUCCCGUGCUCGCCUCCAUGGUGGUUGCCGAUAAACGCCGGUCAGAUCAGUCUUCUGGAGUCAGCCUGAUCUCAACGAUCUCAAAUAUUUUGGGCUUGCGAAACACCAAGAACAUUCAGGACGCAUCUUCGCUGUCCGAUCUGGGCAUGGACUCACUUAUGGCUGCCGAAAUUAAGCAAACACUCGAACGCAAUUUUGACAUUGUGCUCUCCACGCAGGAUAUACGCCAACUCACAUUUGGCGGCCUAAAACAAAUGGAUGGCGGCGUCGAGGCGAAGACCUCCUCAACUGAAGCUGCGGUAGCAGCCGUGGUUGAACCAUCGCCUCCAUCACGGACAGCAAGCCCCAUGGGCGAUGGCACUCAUGUAGUGUUCACCACUGCGUUAAUACCCACAGUGGAGAUUGUGCGUCUGGAGUCAAAGGCAUCUGCGUCCAGCAAGCAGCAGCCAAUCUUCUUCAUGUCGCCUAUUGAGGGUUUCUCUACGGCAGUGGAACCACUCGCCAAAAGGUUGAACGCGCCCGCUUAUGGUUUACAGUUUACAAGCAGCGUUCCUUUAGACUCCCUAGAGGCUGCUGCCGAGUACAACAUCAAACUGCUGCGCAAAAUACAGCCAGUUGGUCCUUAUAAUUUGGCAGGCUAUUCAUAUGGCUGUCUGCUGGCGUACUUGAUGGCUUCCGUCCUGGAAGAGACUAAGGAGAUUGCAAACAUUGUUAUGCUUGAUGGUGCACCGAACUAUGUCAACUGGUUCACGAGCAACUUUAGACAGCGAUAUACUGUCGAUGAUAACAAUAGUAAACGCAGCUAUGGCCUUGCCUACUUUGGUAUUGUGCUGGCCAACAUUGACUACAAGUCGCUGGUACGAUUACUGCUGGUAAUACCUACAUGGGAAGAAAAGCUGGAGAAGUUCGCCGAACUAAUCAGUGUGGAAAUUAAUCAACCAACGGAGACUAUUAAGACAGCCGCUGAGGUUUUCUACAAAAAGCUUGAGCUUGCCGAUAGCUUCACUCCAAAGCUGAAACUUAAGUCGCAGGUGACUCUUGUAAAGCCUACUGAUAACUCGGCCAAAAUGGAUGAAGAUUAUCGUUUAAAGGAGGUUUGUACAAAGCCCGUUGAGGUGUACACAGUUGAAGGCAAUCAUCGUACCUUCCUCAUCGAGGAACAGUCCCUAACAACAAUUCAGGGUAUAUUACAACGGGUUUUUAAUUAAGCGAGAUCAGAGCGAAUGAUACACAAAGAGGAACUAGGAGCACGCACAAUACAGGCAUACCAAUACUCAUCCGCUAUAUAAUAUAAACAUAAUGACAUUAGCAAAUUAUUUUACAAUUCCGCUUCGCUUUAUUGUAAUGCACGCAUUUAUAUUCAUUACCAAUUUUAUCAUGCACUUUGCCCAGUUAAUUCAUUUUCAUAGAUACUGUUUAUAAGCCAGUUGAAGGAUGGGCACUAUACCAAUGGUUUUAGAUUAAGAGUUGAAAGUUAAGCAUAACUGAAUAUUGUAAUUCCUGUAGCUAAAAAUCAACGUAAAACUGUCGCAUUGCAGCGCCUGUGAGCAAGCAGGUCCACAUUCACUUACAGUUGCUGCGAUUCAAGGCAGUUGG